AUGACAGACGAUUACUCGAUACAAUUGAAGAAGGCAUUUAGAGAGUUGCAAACCAAAGUGGUUGACACAAAUCGUCGUUUACAACUCGGUGAUUCAAUAAAAAAGCAACAAGAGCAGAAACGACGAAUAGCGGAAUUAACCAAAACACAACUUUUGGAAUUGGACAAAGACACUCCCGUGUAUAUGAGCAUUGGCCGAAUAUUUGCCAAAGGAACUGUGGAAUCGGAGAUUGCGCGACAUGAAGAAGAGAUUAUAAAAGCAGAAGAAAAAAUAGCUGCAAUCGAUCAUCAAAGGAAAUAUUUGGAGAAGAAUUUAGCCGAAUCAGAAAGAAAUAUUAGAGAACUAGUACAGUCGCGACCAUAA